ACUUACCCUCCUCACAAAAAUCUAAAGGCAAAAUGAUGCAAACAAAAAUCUCUUCUUUCUCUCGACCAAGCUUUAGUCUCUAUGAACCAAGAGUAAUUCAUCAUCCUCGUAUCUCCAUGGCUCUAUCAUCAUCAGCACCAUCCCCGUUUCACCAUCUUCUCUGCAAGUCCACCUUCCCUCUCGCUGCCUCACUCACCCUUCUCCUCUCUCCUUGUACCGCUGAAGCAGGCUUAAUGUCGGGAUCUCCCGGUAUAGAAUCAGUUCCAGGUCCUGAAUUACCAAAAAUCGAGUUCCUUGACCGUUUCAAUGCAAAAAACCAGAAGUUCUACGCAGAGAACGAUGCCAGAUUCAAAGAUUCUCCACUUCUCAAGAAAUUACUUGAGAAUUCCAAACUCAACAAAGAAAAGAAUGAAAGAGAGAUUCAAGACAAAUAUUGUCUGAGAGGAGCAGAAUGGGGAGUAGGAGAUUGCUCAACCACAGGAAUGACAGAUGAAGAAAAGGAGAAAUUCAUCACAAUGUUGAAAAAGAAGACUGGUGUUGAAUAAAACACACAUCAUUGUAUUUUUUUGUUUGCAAGAAUGGCUUUAGAGAGAAUCAUCUAUGCUAAUUGUUUAAGUCACAAUCCAAAUCCAAAUGGUUACAAAACAAAAAUACAUGUAGGCAUCGUGUACAAACAGGUUUUUUCUUUUUCUUAUCGAUCUGCGGUUUUGAUAUCGAGAAGAGAAAGUGUAGCAAUCUCAUUCAUAACCAAUGCUUUAUCAGUUUCAAAACCUACAUCUUCUUUCUCAGGUUUCAAAUCAGCAAACAAACGAAGAAUCUUGGUCCGAUUCGCCACGAGAAUCGCCACGAUAUCCUCAGGUUUGUUCUCGUUUGCCACAAAGAGUUUAAAGAUAUGAAAUGCUUCUAACUGAAUGUUCUUGGUUGGUUCUCUUAAAAGAUUCAUCAUGAUUCUCAAAUUAUCCAAACUGCUCACAUACUUUACCAUCACACCUGAAUUCGAACGAUCCAUCAACACAUCUCCAAGCAAUUUCGACGCUUGUCUCUUCGUAAAAUAGCUUCCUUUCUCCAACAACUUGGUGUUAUACUCUGCGAAAAACCAUUCGUAGUUCUUCGCAAGAUACUCCGCUACAGUCGAUUUAUGCCUCGUCAAAAGCUCUCUGAAGAUCUUGCUAGCAUCGGUAGCUACAUCGAAAUACGGAAGCUGAACAUAAUCGAAAAACUUCUCCAAAUUCUUCGAUUCGAGUAUGUACUUUGCAACAACCUGAUGCCGCACACAUUCUUUAAGCAUUCCCGUGUAAUGCAACGCCAGCUCAUGGUCGUGAUCGAUACCUUCGACUAACGAAUCGAUAACAUCUAAGUUCGAUUCAAGAUAUUCAGAAGCAACGAGUCGAAAUUCGACUUGUUGCUUCUGAAGAUUCGCGACAAUCUGUGUCGCGUCUUUUCUUGCUUCUAGGUCAAGUUUUGGUAUAGAUUUGAUCAAAGGACGAAGCGUGUCUGCUCGGAAAAACUCUUGAGUUAACAAAAGACAAGCUUCAGGAACAGGCUCAGCUUCACCAUUACCAUAAAGAAUCGAUUUCAAAUCUCUAAUGUUUCGACACAACUCCGCACAAAUCCCUAACCUUUUCGAGUUUCUCGCAUCGGUUUCUUCUUCUUCGGAUUCCGCUAAAGCGAUGAGAUCUCGAGUCUGACGUACGAUUUCACCAGGAAGACGUGAUUUGUUCUUGAAGAGACCUUUCAUUCUCGUGCUUCCUCCAUGGUUUCCGAGGUUCCCGCUUAAACUGCUAAGCUUCCCGCUAAAUGUGAUGUUGAUGAUGGAUUCAUCAUCGGUGGAUCCGACGCGUAGAUGGCUCCGUGUACGGCGGUGCUUUGACGACGGAGCUAAAUCGGAGCUUCCGUGUCGUUUAGCACCACCGAUUAUGGAGACACACGCACCUAUGUUUCUCCUUUUUGUUGACCUCAAAACAAAGUACAAAAAGAAAAACAGAGCAAAAACAAAAUCUAUGCCUUUCUCUAUCUUUUUAUUCUAGGGUUUGUUCAAAAGCUUUUUCAGGGGUUUCGCUGUGAAAUCCAAAAAUGUUGUUUCUAUGA